AUGCCGGAAGGUUCAUCGAAGAUUGUUGUGCCGGAAGGAAAAGUGCCGGAUGAAUUGGAAAAGCAAGUAUCAAAUGCGAUCGCCGAUUUAGAAAGUAAUUCUGAUAUUCGGGCUCAGCUACGUGAACUUUACAUUGUCGGCGCUAAGGAAGUCGAUGUGCCAAAUGCAAAUAACAAAAAGAGUAUCAUUGUCUAUGUACCCGUACCACAGUUACGACAAUUUCAAAAAAUUCAACCUCGCCUUGUGCGUGAAUUGGAAAAGAAAUUUAGUGGCAAGCAUGUAGUAUUUAUUGCAAGGCGGCGUAUAUUACCAAAGCCUAAGCGCGGUAAGAAUAGGAAACCACAGAAACAGAAGCGUCCACGUUCACGUACGCUGACUGCUGUUCAUGAUGCAAUGCUUGCUGACUUGGUAUAUCCAGCUGAAGUUGUUGGACGGAGGAUCAGAGUGAAAUUAGACGGAAAGCGUAUCAUGAAAGUGCACCUUGAUAAGACUCAGCAAACGAAUGUAGAACAUAAGGUGGACACAUUUUCGGCAAUCUACAAACAUUUGACCGGAAAAGAUAUUGCUUUCGAGUUCCCUGAACCUCUUUUCUGA